AGACGGAAAAGGCGGGGCCAUUAGCGGCGGGUGAACAGUGCCCGGAUGUGGAGGCUCGGACACGGGGCCGUGCGGCUCGGGGCCGGGGGGGAGGCGCGGGCCCGCGGACUGAGACUGAGCGCCGCCCUGGGGACGGUGAUUGUGGAGCGAUGGUGGCAGGUACCACUGUCCAAGGAGGGCAGGCCUCCCAGACUGCACCCCAGGAGACACCGGGUCUACAGAUUGGUGGAGGACAUCAAACACAGGCCCAGGGGGAACCUGGAGCUCAUCCUGACCCAGACGGUGCCCAAGCUCGGAGGCCGAGGGGACACUGUGUUUGUGAAAAAGUCUGUUGGUCGGAACCAGCUCCUUCCCCGAGGUCUAGCAGUCUACGCCUCACCUGAGAACAAAGCUGUCUUCGAGGAGGAGAGAAGGUUGCUUCACGAGGGCAAACCAGAGGAAAGGCUGCAAACCCGGACGGGAGAAAUGACGGUGCAGUUCCUGAAGAACUCGGUGCUGACAGUGAGAAUGAAGAAUAAUGUGAAGUGGGAGCUGACGAAGGAGUUGGUGUGCCGACAUUUCCUGAAGGAGCUUCGAGUGUUCGUGCCAGACGAUGCGCUGAGGAUUCCUGAUGAACCCAUCACCCGGUGGGGAGAGUAUUGGUGUGAGGUCACGGUGAAUGGCAUCGAUACGGUUCGGAUGCCCAUGUCAGUGGUUAACUUCGAGCGACCCAAGACACGCCGACACAAGGAAUGGCUGAUGCGUCAGCGACAGGCCGAGGGGGAGAGGGAGGGGGAGGGAGAGGGAAGGCAGCAGGAAGGGUCAGGGGAUGGAACCACAUGUGUGACUUGACCCUGGGUCCAGAGUCUGUCACUUAUAGCCACUCAUGUCUGUCCUCCCCGGGGUCGCUACCGGACUCAGGAGGGGGUCGGGUUGGGCGGGAGGUGGGUGUGAGUCUGUUGUUGUAAAUCCCUCACCGCCCUCCCACCAACCCCCACUCCUUUUCCCACACCCCCAUCACCCAUUUUGUGUGUGAUCCAGCUGUGACUGUACUGGGACCACAGAUCCCCAAGGAGUAAAGCUUUCAGACCGA